CACACCACUGCACAUGAAUGCUGAUGUCGGAGAUGAAAGUAUAACAACGAUGUUACUUCAAUACGGAGCGUCCAUAACGGUGAAGGAUUAUAGGGGACAUUAUCCAUUACACUGUGCAGCGUUUAGUGGCAAUGUUAAAAUUGUUGACAUUUUGCUGAAAGCGGAUGAAUCUAAGGUGACACUAAAUCAUCGAAUAUCCUAUGGUAAAAAAUCCAUCAUCAAAGGUGCUAGCUUGUAUCAUGUUGCCGUUUUGAAAGAGAAUGUGGAUUUGAUAGACAUACUUCUACAAAAUAAACUGUGUCCAAAUAUUCGAGAUUUCUAUGGAAGAACACCUCUUUAUCUAGCCAUAUACGGAUGCAAAAGUAGGGAAAAAAAGAAGCGCAGACGAAUUAGGUGGUGGAUUGAAGAAGUCGAGACAGGUAAGCAAUUUAAAGUAGUAAAGAAGCUUUUAGACCAUACAGACGUCCGUAUAGCUGAGAAAGAUGGAUACACCCCUUUACAUGCUGCUGUUCACAAAGGUCACUUAGAAAUUGUCAAAUUGUUAGGCCCGCUUGCUGACGUAAAUGCGCAAGACAAAUAUGGGAAAACUCCUCUGCAUACAGCUUGUGACGAGAUGAACCUGGAUAUAUUCAAGAUACUUGUAGAGGAUUUUAAAGCCGAUUACCGCAUGCGUACGAAAUCUAACAAAACAAUAUUUGAUAUCUUAGCAAGCAAGACAGAAUUGAGAUGUAUUCGCAGAAGGUACAAGAAUAGAAAGUCUGUAACGAACUAUAUGUUCGAAUAUCCGCGCUUUAAAUCAUUCAGAGAUAUUAUUUCGGUUAAGGAUCCAGACUUUGUAAAACAAGUGAUAUCGAAUAUAGGUAUUGAAGAGGAAUACGAAUGUGUAGAUCAAAGCGAGCAAGGUGAGGCAAAUGAAGAUAUAGAUCACGGCAAAUAAGACGGGUGGAACAAAAAUGUAGAUCAACCUUAGACAAGAUAAGGCAAUGAAAAUAUAGAUUAAGGAGAACAUCAUGAGGAAAAUGAAAAUGCAAGAUGAAAAAUAUAAAACUGUAUAUCAGGGUGAACAGGAGGUAAGGUACUUUAUGAAAAUAACGGUAGCGAAAACAUAAUAUUAUUGAACAAAAUGGGGCGGAAGAACUGAUAUGAAUUUAAUACAGAGACCGGUAUUUUUUUUUUCUCAAAGCUUCUGAUCAAAGUACAAGUGGAAAUUUCUCAAUAAGUAAAGGAUGGAAAGGAGAUAAUGAAGUCAUAUUGAAGAAAAGAGAAUUAAGUUUUAUUUAGAUAUGUAAAUAAUAGCAUUGCAACGGAAGCAUAACAUUCUAGAGCAUUUGAAUGAAAC